CAAUUGCUUGUGAUAAUCUAAUUAUAUUCUAAUAGGUGACUUUAACUUCUACCAAAGUCGUUUUCUUUUGAGAUAUCUGCACUUUUACUAAACUUUGUCUUUCAGGAAACUUUCUCCACCACCGAUUUAGAAGUUUUAAACCACCUGUGGCUGCUGACGGACAAUACGUCGUAUCUUUGGUGGGUGUUUGAACGCCUCACAGACCCCGCCUCUUGUCUCUGUCCUCUGGGGAGCAGUGAGACUUUUUAGUGCCUCUGGGUGUCAACGGCGAACUUUAACUCUCGGUAGUAGUCAGGUCGACGGCCCUCCGAGGAGGUCUCUGCGCUCUCCUCCCUGUCUUUCAGUUUUCGGUUCAGGUGGACAUCUCCUCUGUCAGUAUGUCUCCGUCCACGUCCCCCCGGUUCUUCACGGAGAGGGAAGUGGCCCGUCACUGUACCAAGGACUCCUGCUGGGUGCUGCUGGGGACCAGGGUGUACGAUGUGACCUCUUUCUUGCGGAUGCACCCGGGCGGGGAGGCGUUGAUACUCCGGCGGUCGGGAAAGGACGUGAGCCGGGAGAUGGAGGGACCCCCGCACCGGCACUCGGAGAACGCCCGGCGGUGGAUGGAGCAGUACUACAUCGGGGAGCUGGACCGAGACAGCGGCACCGACGAGGCACAGGUGAGUCCACACCUGGCGAGCUAGCUUGUCCUCAAAGCACAGACAGGCUGAGAGAGGGGAAAAGCUUUGCUAGGCUAGCGUCGUCGUGUUGUCUUUACAGUGUUAGAAACAAACAGGGGUCUUAUUUAAACAAACAAACAAACAAACAAACAAACAAACUUUCACAUUUACAGCCUAGCAACGUUGUUUUGGUGGAAAGUUUAUCGUUAACCCGCUGAAACAUGGAUCAGUUUUCUUGUGUUUCGAGAUUCUGGUGUUCAACAUUUGAAAAUUGAGCAAAUCGGUUUGAUUUCAUUGAAAAAAAAAAGACAUUGAGAAA